UUCCACAAUUUAGAAACCUUGUCUUAAUCGCAAGGACAUCAAGUUAAUCUGAUGAAAAAGAGCAGCAAUUGAUUAAUUGUCUAUUUGGUUUAUGUUACCAACAAGUUGCUUUGUGUGCUCAUUAAUUACUCUGCAACCAUGAUCAUAAUUAACACGUUAAUUGUUACAUUUUGUGCUCUCAUUUGUUUCCACAAUGUUUAUUGCGCUGAUCCGAUUGUCACAAUAGCCACUGGUCCCAUCAAGGGUGUUCAGAAAACCGUCCAAGGGGUCAAAGUGAACGCGUUUUAUAAUAUUCCCUAUGCAGAGCCUCCCGUGGGUGAGAACCGUUUCCGUCGGCCCAUUCCGAUUACUCGAAAAUCUGAAGAGAUUUUCAAAGCAAAUCGACAAGGAAAAGCGUGCUACUCGAUGCCGGUCAAGUUUAUAAAGCUCGAUUCUCCUUUCAAUGUUACCGAAACGGAAGAUUGUUUAACAUUGACGAUCUGGUCUCCGGUGAUUAAUCUUGACCCGAGUAAUUUGAAGCCCGUUCUUGUUUAUAUUCACGGUGGUGCUUUUAUUUUGGAUGGUUCGAGAGACCCUCGUAUCGCUGAUGGUGAGAUACUUUCAGCUUUGGGUGAUUUUGUUGUGGUCACUAUGAGAUAUCGUCUUGGUGUUUUUGGUUGUCUAUUCACCAAUUCAGAUGAGGCACCAGGUAAUUUACCUUUGGAGGAUCAAGCUCUUGCUCUUGAAUGGAUCUCAGAUAACAUUAGAUACUUUGGUGGUGAUCCAAACAGGGUGACACUUUCAGGUGAAUCUGCUGGAUCAAUUUCGGUUUCAUUACACUUUAUGAGACCUCAAAGUCGACCACUUUUCCAUCAGGUGAUCUUACAAAGUGGAGCCGUUCGUACCAAUCUAAAUGAGAAAAUCGAUGUUGCUCUAUCUCGAACAGUUAAAUUAGCCCAAGUUGUUGGUUGUACUGUUAAUGACACAAUCGAAAGUCUAUCAAACCCUGAGGUAUUAUCGUGCCUCAGGUCAGUAUCACCCGAGAGUUUGAUGACCGCUUACAUGGACCAAGAAGCGGAAUCCGAUCAAAUUCAAGCAACACCUUCUUGCCUUGUAAACAAAGGUGAUUUCUCACAAUCUCAUGCAGAUGAACGUCUAGUGGCCGGUUCAUUUCCGUCCGGAUUUCCGAUUCUAGUGACCUCCAUGAAAGAUGAAGGCUCAGUAAUACUUCAGCAUAUAAUGUACGAGGGACCACAAGAUUUUCGAGAGAUUCUCAACGGGACAAUUACGCAUUUUACCUCAGCCGAAGCAGCGGCCAUAAUAGACGAAACUUAUUAUUCCGGUUUACUGAAUCAAUCUAAUUCAUUUGAAUCAAAAGCGAUUGUCCGAGCAUUGGGUGACCUUUAUUUCCGUUGUCCGUCAAUAUGGUUUGCCGAAAAAGCUUCCCAAACAAACAAGAUCUGGACCCUCGAAUAUACUUAUUCAAGUCCAACCUUCAGCGAUAUGGAGCCGCAAUUAAUUUUCAACAAUAAAUUUGGACCUCGACACGCACUUGACCUCGUCUAUGUGUUUGGUUUUCCCUUGAUGGUUCGCAAUAAAAUGACCCCAGAAGAUGUUAAACAAACUGAACAAAUCAUCUCGAUAUGGAAACAAUUUGUCCACGAAGGUAAACUGGACUGGUCACCUUAUAUUAUCCAAGCAUCGACGGGACAAAUUUUACCUCAUCAACUGGAAAUCGAUCCAUCGAAACAAAUUGGUUCAACCAAGUUCGACGAUCGAUAUUUUUACUGUCAAACCUGGAAGAAAAUUAUCUAUGGAGAUAAAUUCUGAUAAUUAGAAGGAACCAUUUGCUCACUUUCGCUAGACAAUCAACUAAAUUGUGUCUCUAAUUCUGUUAAUCAAUAGAAACAUUUGAUUGUUGAUGAAGUUACGACAAUUCCACUGGUUUUUUACCACAAUUAAACUUCAAAUGUGAUCAGUACACUAAUUAAAUACUCGAUUUCAGCUCUCACUUGUCUUUCCUUGACCAAUUCAACUGACCAGUAGAUUUGUAGAUCGAUCAAUACUUCAGCAGUAAUUAAAGACUAAGUGAUUAACUUAA